AUGAGCGGAGACGAAGAAAGAUUCAAACUGGUGGUGGUGGGAGGUGGAGGAGUUGGGAAGAGCGCCCUGACCAUCCAGUUCAUUCAGUCCUACUUUGUGUCAGACUACGACCCGACCAUUGAAGAUUCCUAUACGAAGAUCUGCACUGUGGAUGGAAAGGAGACCCGUCUGGACAUCUUGGAUACAGCAGGUCAGGAAGAGUUUGGGGCAAUGAGAGAGCAGUACAUGCGCUCGGGAGAAGGCUUCUUGCUCGUGUUUGCACUCAACGACCGGGGGAGCUACCAUGAAGUCCAGAAGUUUCACACCCAGAUCCUUCGAGUGAAGGAUCGGGACGACUUCCCCAUGCUGCUGGUCGGAAACAAGGCAGACCUGGAGCAACAAAGAGUGAUAUCCAGGGAGGACGCUCAGGCAUUUGCCAGAGAAAAUAGGAUCCACUAUAUGGAGGCUUCAGCUAAGAAUCGCUACAAUGUGGAUGAAGCCUUCUUGGAGCUAGUGCGAAUUGUCAGAAGGUUUCAGGAAAUGGAGUGUCCUCCCCCUCCUACUCAUCACACUGGGAAGCAGAAGAGUGGUGGCUGUCCCUGCGUUCUUCUCUAA